ACGAUUCAAGUAGAAUGAGAACACCGGUUGUGGAACAAGUCCUUGGUUGAACAUAUUAUAAAAAGGAGGUUCAACUCCAUCAACAGAAAUCGAUUUGUAUCCAAGUCCCAAAAUUCCAUCAAACUUAGCAGCAACAAACACCAGACCAGGUUCAGAAAUUGCCUCAGCAAAUGUUUGCUUUUGAAUGUUCAAUCCGCCAAUUGACUAUGUCUGUUGACAAAUAACCACUCAAUGAGCCACUGCCAUAUUCGAUGUGAAAUGCGGUUCCAUUUUUCUCGAAUGUUGAGCUCUUCUUGGCAUCGUACUUGUUGUGCAUUAAGCAGGCGAUGUUCAUGAGUGAGCAUUGUUUUGAUGGAAUCCAUAAGUUGGAACUGCCUGUGUCAAAGACAACUGUGGAUUGGAAAUUAAGAUGAUUUUGAUAAAAUUUGAAAUAUUCAAACCAUAGACCCCUUUAAAAAUUAACAAGCAAAAAAUGUAGCAAUCUGGAGAUAAACAUGGAAUAUUCGUACAUUUUGAACAUUUCCAAAUACAAAAUCGUUAAAGUCUCAAAAAUUCAAACAAUAGACCCCCAUCUUUUUAUCAUCAAAAACCACCAAAACAGUAAAAUUCUAUCGGUCACUCACCCUUAAACGACUGUGGCGGAGUUCCAAUUGAAAUUGCUCCAUAAUAUUGAGCAUCAAGAUAGUUUGACAAUGGCUCGGGUGUUGGUCCUUCAACAUUGUUGUAAUUUGACAAACGAACCUGCGACAAUUCAGUUCCAACGCUCAUAAAAUGGCGACGAGCUGAGUCAAACUUGUGCAAAGGAAUUCUAGAUUUUUAGAAUCGAUAACAAAAAUUUUGAGUCGUAAAUAAAAAUUUUCCAUUGAAAAACAACAAAAAGGUCAAUUUUUUACCUGAUCAAGUCCCCAUCGGCAAUUGCAAGGAACUGCACCACAAAAAGCAACGAAAUUAUUUUCUUGAACAUCCUUAAUCGAUGAACUGCAAUCACAGAAUGUCUUUGUUUCCUUUUUUUCACUGUCUGAAUGAUCGGCAAAACAAAAUAAGCCGAAUCGGUUCUGUUUUGGAUCGGAGCUGAGUUGGAGGGUGUCACCCCCUAGUUGGACUAAAGAGCCAUGGACAGGUUGGAUGAAACGGAUGUAAUGCUCGAAGAUCACAUUAACAAGUGCCGAUGCUGCUUUCGGAUGUUAAUUGAUGAUCAAAAAUCCAUUCGAAUAUCAAAGUCAAUAGAGCAGAAUUUUUAUGAAUUAACACAAAUUGAGCUCAUUGAUUCUGAAAUCUUUUCAUCGAAAAUUUGCCAACUUUGCAGCAAUGACCUCGAAGUGUUUCACAAUUUCCGCAAAGAUCUCAUCCAAAAACAAAGGAAGCUUUACAGUGCCGUAGUACAAACAACUGAUCAGGACAUUAAGGUUCUUAAAUCUGAAGAAACUAAUGAAUUUAUCGAGUGUAGUGGGGAUAUUGAGGAGUCUGAAUUUUUAGGAGCUGAAUUUCAAAUUAAAACAGAAGCUAGUGACAAUUUAGGAAUGUGUGUUGAGAGCUUCAUCGCUGAAGAUGAGCAAAUGCACUGCCAGAGCUGCAAUUUUACAACAAAUUCAAAGAAAUCAAUCAAAAUUCACAUGGAUCGAGUUCAUAUCGGUGAGGAAAAAUAUACUUGUGAUAGAUGCAACUUGAAGACACUAUCGAAAUUAGAGCUGGAGGAUCACAUGAAGUCACACAUAUCGAAGCAAGCUAGGACAUUCUUUUGUGAAAUGUGUGGAUUAAAGUUUGAAAAGAGACAUUUACUGAAUCGGCAUGUUAAGAUUAAGCAUACAGUUAAGGAGAGGAGGUAUAAGUGCUCUAAUCAUGAUUGUGAUAAAGCAUUUUUCACCAUCUCAGCUUUGAAGAAGCACACUGAGUCUCAUUCAGAAAAGGAAAUGCCAUGUGAGUACUGCGGUAAGCUCUUCUCCUGCCUCAAUAAUCUCCGAACUCAUCUCUAUUAUCAUUCGGAACCAAAGUUUAUCUGUGAAUUUGAAGGAUGUGGGAAGAAGUUUUUUAUGAGAAAAUUACUUAAAGCUCAUAUUAAUGUUCAUCGAGGACAAAAGGACUUUGAAUGUGAAUUUUGUGAAAAGUCUUACUUCUUUCAGGCACAUUUGAAGAGGCACGUGCUGUCGAUGCAUAUGAGACUCAAAAUUGACUGUGAACUUUGUGCGAGUACAUUCGCAAGGAAAGAAACUUACAGAAAUCAUGUCAUUAAUCAGCAUCAAAACCUCAGUCCGGAAGCCUUAGAAAAAUUAUUGACAAAGAUACGAAAUAUGAAACUUGAAGACUAUCGAUCGGCUACGUAGCAUCGGCAAUGAUCAAUUAAGGGGCAAACUAAGGGGAGGGGAUGGGGAGUCAGCGAUUGACAAUUUUAGCUGUAAGAUCAGAUCUUAAAGGAAUUUGUACAAUUUCUUGAUUUAGUUCCGAAAAAAUGUUCAAAACAUUU